AUGAAGGCCAACCCGGAGCAUCGAGACAAACACAAGUAUUGUCGUUUUCAUCGGGAUCACGGCCAUAACAUAGCCGAUUGCGUGGACCUCAAGGAUGAGAUCAAGACCCUUAUCUGUAAAGGACACCUGCGUAGAUAUGCUAAGGGAGAAAGAGCUGCUCGGAAAGAAGAGCGAGAGCGAGAACAGCUGAAUAACACCACGGAAGAGCCAGCUGAAAUCCGCACCAUCUCGGGGGCUCAUCCGGUGGAGGAGAUUCAAACCGGGCUCGAAAAGCCUACUCUCGGAAGUCUGACUUUCAUGGAAGAAGAUGCAUGCAGAAUCCAGCACUCGCACGAUGACGCCGUAGUAGUUACUAUGACCAUAGUGAACCGCAAGGUGUACCGCAUCUUAGAUCAACACCAGAAGCUCGAUCGACGUAAUCUAUUCUGA